AUGCGACACGGUGCCGGUGCAACAGCCGCAGAAGCCGCGAUGCUCGUGCCACAGGACAUGCUGUCGGCCCAGACGAAGAUGUCAUACCAGCUGGGCAAGUUUUGGGCGGAACGGGUGAUGGCCCGGAAGACGGCCGCGGUGAAGACGAUCCGAGAGGUGUGCAAGGUGGUACAAGACGUGCUCCGGGAGGUAGAGGCUCAGGAGCCGAGGUUCAUAUCUUCGUUGGUCGAGUGCAACGGCCGGUACGAGGGCCUGGACGUGGUGUCACCCACCGAGUUCGAGAUCGUGCUCUACCUGAACCAGAUGGGUGUGCUCAACUUCGUCGACGACGGGUCGCUGCCCGGGUGCGCGGUGCUCAAGCUGAGCGACGGCCGCAAGCGGAGCAUGAGCCUGUGGGUCGAGUUCAUCACGGCUUCCGGGUACCUGUCGGCCCGCAAGAUCCGGUCACGGUUUCAGACGCUGGUGGCGCAAGCGUGCGACAAGUGCGCGUACCGGGAUUCGGUCAAGAUGAUCGCCGACACCAGUGAGGUGAAGCUCCGGAUCCGCGAGCGGUACGUGGUACAGAUCACGCCGUCGUUCAAGUGCGCGGGCAUAUGGCCUCGGUCGUCCGCCCACUGGCCGCUGCCACAGAUCCCGUGGCCGCACCCUAACCUUGUUGCCGAGGUCAAGACCGAGGGAUUCGACCUGCUGUCCAAGGAGUGCGUGACACUGCACGGCAAGCAAUCAGCGCUUGAGGGUGACGCGUGGGUCAUGUCGUUCGUGGACGUCGAGAACCGGCUCAUGUACGGUGGCUGCCGCAAGCGGUGCCUGAGCGUGCUCAAGACGCUCAGGGACCGGCAUCUGGACUUGCCCGGCAACCCUGUCACCAACUACCACAUCAAGACGCUGCUGCUGUACGAGUGCGAGAAACACCCGCUUGAAAUGGAGUGGGAUGAGCCGUGCCUGGGCGACCGCAUCAACGGCAUACUGCUGCAACUCAUCUCUUGUCUGCAAUGCCGACGGUGCCCGCACUACUUCUUGCCGCACGUCGACCUUUUCAAAGGCAAGGCGCCCGGCAGCCUGGAGAACGCGGCCAAGCAGACGUGGAGGCUGACCAGAGAGUUGCUCACCAAUUCCAGGGCUUUCGACAAGCUGUGA